CCAUUUGCAUAAAAGCCAGAAAUCUGAGAUUAAAGUCAAAAUUCAGUGGUCUUAAUCCUCCUUCCUUAGAGAACGGUGUAUUUGUGUAAACGAGUCCACAUUUCGUGCCUUGUUGUUCGAGCAGUGAAACCUGUAACUUUCAAUCGUCAAUAGGGGUCAGUGUUUGCCUUCUUCACCGCAUUUGUGUUGCCCCGACAACAAGCCACAACAGAAGCCGUUCCAUCAUGUCUACUUCUGUAGCAAAAGAAGGGAAAAAGAUGAGAUGUGCAGUGAUGCUCAAGCCUUCUAAACGCGGCAGCAACUUGCUCGCCUUGACCAGCAGACGGAGUUUUACUUUCAGCGGCAGCAAAAUUCUGGACAGAAUGGCGGGUCCAACUCCGAGACAAGCUGUUCGGGUGUUUGAUGAGGAAAACAAUGAUGUGACCCCUCAGCCAUUUUACCGGGCAGAUCUCAGAGCAGAGCCAGGCAGCAGGUUCUUGGUGGAUGAACUCUCUGCUGGAUCAACAUCAGACCAGACAACGUUCACUGGGAGCUUCACUAUGCCUUUUUCAAGGUCAGUUUUGGAUAGCAGCAGGAUAUCCAGCCAGUCAACCACAGAGUCUGUGAACGAAGAAAUGGAGGAAACAUUUUGUAGACGUGACUUUCCCUUCAACUUACCAGAAUCUUUGUUGCCAGAUGAAAAGAGGAAAAAAGGCUCAGUUAAAGAACAAAUGACACAAGCUCUGUUGAAAGGGAUUAAGGACAUUUUAAUCACAGAGACAGACACUAUUUCUCUGCUGGACAUUCCCCCCACCUUAGUGUCAGUGAAUGCUGAUGAUGCAGAUGUCAUAAUAGAGAUAAAUAAACAGUAUUCUGAAGUUUGCAGAAACAGAAGAAACAAUGAGAAGUAUGUGGAUCGAGCCGUGCAGACACUGAAUGGAGCGACUAAGAACAAACAGAUACAGAACAACCUCAUGCUCAUGGUGGACACAGCCACGAUUGUGUCUGCCUUCGAAAUGUAUGCACCUCCAGAGCAGGAAGUGAUGGUUUACAGCCCUGAAAUGAAACAGACCAAUGAUGCAGAGACUAUUGUGGACUCCAGGAGAAGUCCAGAGAGGAGUCUGUCCCUGACCUGCUCAGCUAGUACAGUUAUUUCUACCUGCUCGCUGAAAGAUGUAGAAACAGUUGGGAGCAGUUUAAACACACAGGUAGACUCUGAGCGCAUCAUGACGUCAGAUAAAUUCCAGUUCUCCUUACUUCUAAUGGAGAGGACCGUACUGCGGAACAACUUCCAAAGCCAGCUGGCUGCUUACAGAAAGCUGCCUUUGCUGCAAGACCCUGACAGAUUGGUGAAACCUAAGGAAAAGGAACAGAGUGAAGCAGAGACUUCCUGCUCUCCAGCUCUACAAUGUCUCUGGGUUUUCAGUUGUGAGCUCAGCAGAGGCUGUAGGGUCAGUAGCAUGGCCUGGAACAAAAAAAACCCGGACCUCCUUGCUGUAGGUUAUGGUGAGACUGACUACAGAAACCAUGGACCAGGUCUGGUGUGCUGCUGGUCUAUUAAAAACCCGAUGUGGCCUGAGCGAAUCAUUAACUGUGACAGCGCUGUAACGACUGUGGAUUUCUCAUCCAACAGCCCUGGGCAGCUGGCUGUGGGGAUGUGUGAUGGCAGCAUUGCUAUCCACAAUGUGCAGAGUACAGAUAAUAAGUCACCUUUCAUCAGCAGCCGUGAAUGUGCCAAAAGACACCUUGGGCCAGUGUGGCAGCUCAGGUGGAACCAACAAGAACUGAGCUUCACUGGAGAGGAGAAGGUUGAAUCUCUGUACUCUGUGGGAGCAGACGGCAGAAUCUGCAAGUGGUUUGUCAUCAAUGGUGGCCUUGACUGUACAGACUUGAUGAAGCUCAAGAAGAUGAAUAACACCCUGAGAAAGACUGAACAGAACAAGCCAGAGAAGACAGCAGAGUGUGUGCUGUCUGUUCUCACCCCUGGUCUCUGCUUUGACUUUCAUCCAAGUGACUCCAACAUCUAUUUGACUGGUACCUGGGAAGGUAACAUCCACAAGUGUUCCUGCUCCAACGGUCACCAGUUUCUGGAAACUUACAGGAAACAUUUUUGUCCUGUGAACUGCAUCACAUGGUGUCCUCUCCAUCCUGAUGUGUUCCUGAGCUGCUCCUCUGACUCCACCAUCCAACUCUGGAAGCAGGACUGCAUUAACCCUUUGUUAAGCUUCACCUCCAACCAGCCAGUGGGUGAAGUCAGGUGGUCUCCAAAGCAUGCCACAGUAUUCAGUGCUGUUAACGAAGGCCAGCUUGAGAUCUGGGACCUGAAUUCCAGCUUUUUGGAUCCAGUAAUCGUGCAGCCUGCUGCUCCUGGACUGAAGAUGACGUCCCUUCUGUUUGCAUCCCUCACAGACUGUGUUGUGGUAGGAGACAGUGAUGGCCAGGUGACGGUGUACCAGCUGCAGAACCUCCAUGUUGGAGAGAGCAGCCAGGGAGAUGUUAUUCAAGACCUCCUGCGCUCUGCAUCUCCCAAAGAACUUCAGCAGACAUUGAUGUAGUGGACCCACAGCACCAUGAUGCAUCUCUAGUUUAAAUGUAUCUACAGCUACAAGUUAAAUCCAUCCAUCCUUCAUCAAUAACUUAUCCCUGCUCCAGCAGUCAGUGGGUUGGACAUGAGGUCCGUCCGGUUGCCAGUCCAUUCAGAGAGAUUGAUUAACAGCCUCGUUUUUGUGGGGGAAACUGGAGUACCUGGAGAGAACCGAGGUAUGAGGGGAGAGAACCAGCAAACUCCAUCCAGACUCCAGGUCAGGAUUUGAACCCAAAACUUUCUUGCUGCAAGGCAACAAUACAAUGAACUGCUCCAGAACAUAAACCACAGUAGCAAUUUCACUGAAACAAGCUGCUUCUGGUGAAUGGGAGUCAUUCAGGCUGCAACAGCGUCUGACCUGGUCAAAUUCAGAUGCAUUACUAAUGUAAAUAAUUUUAUUAUAAUUAUUAUCAUAAUCAUGUUUCUCAGUAUUUAACCUGCUGAUCAUGGUUCAGAGCUAUCAAGGAAAAACAGACCGAUUCUAAUCUCAGGUUACCUGGUGCAUCUCUAAUAGUUAUUAUCUUGUUCAGUGAUUUAUUAGCCAACAAUGUUGUGCCAGUACAGUCUUUGAUUUGGUCAGCAUGGUGAUAUAAAUGAAAUCUUUAAUAAAAAAAAGUAAUAAAUAGCAGCCAAUCUCAAGCCUGGUUCUGUUGGAUGUUUCUCUCCACUGUUGCCCUGAGCUUUUCCUCAGGAAGAGAGAGACUGUAGAAGGUGGCCACUGGCUUUCUGACUGGAAACUUUACAAAAGUGUCACUUUAUGAUCAGCUGGGUCUGUCUGUUUUGUAUUAGCACUGGACUGGAAUAACAUGCAUGUUAUAAAAUGUAAUUUUGAUGGCAACAUCUUUCCUCUCAUUCAUUCUACAAGCAUGAUCACUAGAAAAGUAUUUGUGUAGAUAACAGCCUGUACACACCUGAAUAAUUCUGAGCAACAACUAAUCACUAAAUGGUAUCACAGUUACAACAAACCAAUUCUCACAUUAUGUCAGCCUUUAUUCUUCAUUUAAGGAUCAAAACUCUGCAACUGUAAGAAACAAAGCAUACAUGAAGAAGAUCAUUUAAGAGAAAAACUACUGUUUAAAUAAUACGUUCUGUAAACUCCAUCAAAGGUCAUUGACCUCUGAUCAAGCUCGCCAUCAUCGUAACAGUUCUGAAAUAAAAAUAUCAUUUGCAUAACAAGAUUAGAGAUUAGCAACAAACAAAAAAAAGAAUUCAUUAAAUACUUAAAAAUGUUUUGGGGUAAAAAUCCCCCCAGACAUUUAUGAUGAUGGAAAGUAUUGGUGUUUUGUUUCGUUGAAUAAAAUGUGUGUUUCUUCUAAUCAGGAGUGUCAUGUUACUUAAUGUUUGAUGUCAAUUCAUGUUGUAUGUUCUGAACUAACAUGUUUCAUUUAUAUGAAGCCUCAAAUAAUAAAGUUGUUUUAUGUUU